AUGCUGACUCGAGAAAUUCUUGUGUUUGGUCAUUAUUAUUAUUAUACAAUAGAAUGGUAUCGAAUGGAUAAAGAAAAAGCGUUCAAAAAUUUAUCGAUGCGGAUUGUAGAACUGGAAGCACACCGGGCCGCAAUUGGUGGAAGGUUUAAUAAUGUACUAAAGGCUGCCAACUGCGAACGUCCUUCUGCAAACUUUAUCGUUUUGUCUAAGGAGUUGAAACACGUUGGUUGGUGUGUGCCAUUCGACGAGUACGAUCCUGAUUUUGCUAUUGGUCAUUAG